UCUUUUUCUUUUCUUUAUUUCGCGUCGUCCUUGUGACAUGCCGGUGUUUGUGGAGGACCCCGCUCAUCUCUCGAUAUCCAGGCUGAAAUCAGAUUUAGUUGCCCACAAUGUCGAGCUGCCACCUGCCAAGAGCAGAAAGGAGGUUUACGUGGAGCUGCACCUGAAACACAUCCAUCAGAAAAACGCAGCGGAUUUUUCUAGCGAUGAGGAGGAUGAAGUACGAGAUGUAGCUGGGGAGAAUCCAGAGGAUGCAGAGAUUCCUGACCCGAGUGGUUUGACUGAUGAUGACCUCAAGGCUGCGCUGCUCAAACACGGGGUUAAAGCUGGGCCCAUAGUUGCCUCCACCAGGGCCUUGUAUGAGAAGAAGCUCAGAAAACUACUUCAGUCUGAUGGACAUGACCAACGUAAUGGAGCAGAGAAAAGCAUAUUGUACUCUGACAGUGAAGAAGAGGAGGAAAGUGGGGAAGAAGAGGAUUCAGAGCCAGGAACUGAAGAAGAAAAACAAGAAACAGCUGAACAGUUGGACCAGGCCCAACAAGAGAACAGCCAGGUAGAGUUGUGUUUUCAGAAACGUGGUUUUGCAUACCCACAGUGCUUUUUACCCUCAUCGAGACUGCAACCUCGUGCUUCUAGGAACAGGGAACCUAGUCCCAAGUGGAAUUCGGGGAAUGCGUUAAAAUCAUCAGAGCGGAGUCGGUCUCGCUGCUCACAGAUUCCCGUAGGAAUUAGUAGAGCAUCCUCUGUAGAUCAGCACUCAGGAUUAGGAUCAGGGGCUCCAGAUGGAUCACAAUCAGUUAUUGCCAACGGAUCCUCAUCAUUUUCCUUCAGCAUCACUCAAAUGGUUGAGGAGAUGGAGAGUCGGAGGUCACUCUCUGCUAGUCCAAACACUGAGAAAGAGUUGAAUGGGAGCAAUGUGCAGGAACAUUGGUCACGGUCCAACAGGCUGGACAUGCCAAGUGUGGACAAGAGCACCAUGAAGAACCAGUCCCUGUACUACACCCCCAAGGCUUCCCCUCACAAAUGGGGAAUGAAGCUUCCUCAGGAGCCUGUGAAAGACACUUUCAAGGACAUGUUUCCAGAUGCUGAGACCACACCCACGGGGAUCUGUGCCACUCGUCGGAGACCCAUCAAGGGGGCUGCGGGGAGACCUGUCCAGUACUUGUACCCAGACACCCCUGUCAGUCCCACGACUCUGGAGAGACGAGAGGUGGAGCGUCGCCUUGUGCCCAUCCAGAUACAGAUUGUGGUCUUCCUCAGUGUGGCGUGCCUCCUGUACCUUAUUUAUGUUUGUGUUGAGGACAACUCAUUCAGUCCAUUUGUGGCCUUACUGGACAGUCUGAACCCGGGGUCAGACAGUGAGCAGGGGUUUUUGCUUGAAACUGAGGCGCAGGAUACACCAACACUUUCUGGACAGGAGUAAAUAUGGGUUUUUUAGCUGUCUACUUGUUGACUUAUAGAUGCUAAGAGUUACAUUUUUUUGUUGAUGCAAGCCAUAAUGACUUUGUCCUGGGAUGUCCUCAGGGAGCACAUAUUAAACACUCUGUUCUUCUAUUUUUUAUUUUUUUUUUACUGUGUUUGUGUGUCUAUGUGGGAGCAAACCU